AUGGGUGAUAGAAGAAGGCGUAGCAGGGCAAUGCAAAUGGCACAAUACCAAGCAAGUCUUGAGAUUGAGGAUGCAGAAAUUAUUAACGUAGAAGCUGAAUUUGCAAACUCACUUAUGCAAUAUGAGCACUAUGCUGAAUCUAGCUAUCGUGGUUCUGUCACGAGGCGUUCAUUUAUAGAGCUUUUUGAAAGCAUCUUGAAUGUAGUUGUCAAUCAUGACCACUACUUUGCAAGGAAGAUAGAUGUUGUAGGUCGACAAAGUCUAUCACCUUAUCAGAAGCUCACAUCUGCAUUUUGGAUGCUAGCUAAUGGGUGCUCUGCAGACUCAACUAACGAGUAUUGUCAACUUGCGGAGACUACUGUUAUUGAGAACCUGAAGUGCUUUUGUAAGGCAAUUGAAGCCAUAUAUAGAGUCACAUACCUCCGCAAGCCAAUUCGUGAAGACUUGAAGCGGCUUCUACAUAAGGCAUACAAAAGAGGUUUCCCUGGCAUGAUAGGAAUUCUCGAUUGUAUGCAUUGGGAGUGCAAGAAUUGUCCUACUGCUUGGGCUGGCUAA